AUGCGUGAAAAUGUGACUUACCGAACAAAACUUCAGUUUGAUCGACAAUAUGAAAAGGAAUUUGAGGAGAGCAGGGUGGCUCUGGAACGGUUAAGGCAAGAGCGUGAUGUGUUACUCGCUAAUCGUCGUCUCAUCUUGAAAGGCGUGGAAUCUCGCUUACUUAAAGUAAUUCGUACCUGGGAUCGAUUUCCUGCUGACAAAGAAUCUCUGUUGAAAAUUGAAGCCGACUUGCAAAAGGAUUUAGGUUUUGAUUCAUUAGAUCAAGCGGAGAUAAUGAUGGAGAUUGAAGACGAAUUUCGCUUUGAAAUUCCAAUAGAGGAUUCUGAGAAGUGGAAGAAUGGUCGUGAUGUUUUUAAGUACAUCUGUGAACGCGAAGAUGUCUACGAAUAG